GUCUACCGACCCACGAUCCCUGCCUAGCCAACAACCCUUGCCUGCUUCCUCCCUCUGACUCUAGUAAGUACGCAUGGUCGGGGCAGUUCGGGCUGCUAUUCAAGCGGCCGGCCGCCACUUGGCCUGGUAUCGAAAAAAUUACAAAAUCUGGAUAUAAUGAUCCAAGAUAGUUUCUGUUGCACCCGACCUCGGCAUCACAAUCAAAAAAUCAUCUUUGACUAUGGCUUGAGGUUUCUUCUCAGCUGCCAGUUUCAUCCAACAUUCCUCGAACGUCUUUUCCCCUAAGCCUACCCAGGACACCUGGCUCAACAGCAUGGCACCCGCAAAGCCCGCUCCGUCCAAGGCCAGCCAUAUUUCUCUUCCUUUUAUCUUGAAAUUGCCACAUCCAUACCUCACUGAGUACGUCAUCAUCGAUGCUGCUCUCGAAGGCCAACCAGCAUGCUUCCGAAUUCAGCUCUCCGAGAACGCAGGUACCAGGGGAAUUGCACCUCCCCUUCCGCUACAUCAUGCAGACGCGAUCUUCACAGAUAUAUCUUUCUUGGCUAAAGAUGCUGUCCCACCAUCCGGGGACAACAGUUCUUGGGCCAGAACACGGAGAUCACCUACUUCAACUAUCAGCUGGAAGGGCGAGCGGCCUACUGCAGCGCAGAUAUGGCUUAUUGCGUAUGCCUUGAUUUCGCUACAUCCACUGGUCGAAAAUUUCCGGAUCUUGUUCUCCGGAAACGACGAGGCGUCUCUCGUUCCGGAGUUGUAUGCUACCGGGCUCUUCCACCCUCAUCCCAAAGGCUCGAAAGCUUCUCUCCCUCACGAUGGUCAUCUUCUUUUCCGAGCCACGUUCUGGCAAGGUGCUGGCUCACCUUUUGGUGCUCGUCCUGUUUGGGCACCAUGUCUGACAGCGGACAACAAGCCAAUCACCAAGGAAUAUCCGCCAUUCCCAUUCCACACUGCCCCAACGACCCAGUUCCCCGCUCUUCCCCGGCAUACCAUGCACCCAGUCCGGGAGCCAAAACCGGUUCCCGGGUCCAUCAUCUACAGUCGUUGGAUCCCCCAUCUACAGGAACACUUUACCAUGGUAGCGUUGGACUACACGAAUCCCGAGCAUCUCCACCUCUUCCACGUGUGGCAGAACGAUCCUCGCGUUGCUGCAGGCUGGAACGAGACGGGUACACUAGAGCAACACAGGGAGUAUCUGCGGAAGCUGCAUGAAGAUCCGCACGUGUUGACCAUGUUCGCUGCCUUCAACGACAAACUGUUCGCUUAUUUCGAGGUUUAUUGGGCCAUGGAGGACCACAUGGGUGCACACUACCUCGCGCAGCCGUAUGACCGUGGCCGACACUCUCUUGUUGGCGACGUCUCUUUCCGUGGUCCCUACCGAGUCUCAGCCUGGUGGUCGAGCCUGAUGCACUACAUGUUCCUCGACGAGCCACGGACACAGAACAUUGUUGGUGAACCUGCUGCUACAAGCUCUACUGUCCUAGCGUAUGACUUCGCACAUGGCUUCCACGUCGAGAAGCUCAUCGACCUGCCGCACAAGCGAAGUGCAUUGAUGAUGGUCAGCCGUGAGAAGUUCUUCAUGUUGAGUCCGUUAGUAUGGGAUGGUGAGAAGGUCGUAAGACCUAGUCUUGACGCUCUGGCCAAACUCUAGUUGCUCGCAUCUUCUAUGUCCUGACGCAGAUGACUCUUUUUACUCUUGUAUUUUGACACUGCUCAGGCGUCUCUGGUCAAUGCAUAUUCUCUCUUAACUUCCGAUAAUACUGUGCCCUUGCUCAUCAUGCUGUGGACGGGACUGUGUUCUUGGAUGUGCUUUCUC